UUGAGAUAGUGGGUUUAUGGGUCAUAGUCGACUUUAGAGUUUAGAAUACACUAGCUGAAUUUUGUAUAUAUAAGUAGGUGAUGGUGCUCUAUCCUAACUCUCUCAAAAUAACUCCCCCCUUAGUCUCUCAAAAGAAAUAUGGGAAGGCAACCUUGUUGUGAGAAAGUGGGAUUGAAAAAAGGGCCAUGGACUGCUGAGGAAGACAAGAAGCUCAUCACUUUCAUCCUCACUAAUGGACAAUGCUGUUGGAGGGCUGUCCCUAAAUUGGCAGGGUUAUUAAGGUGUGGAAAAAGUUGUAGACUUAGAUGGACAAAUUACUUGAGACCAGAUUUAAAAAGAGGACUUUUAUCAGAAUAUGAAGAGAAAAUGGUCAUUGAUCUUCAUGCUCAACUUGGAAACAGAUGGUCUAAGAUUGCUUCUCAUCUACCAGGAAGAACAGAUAAUGAGAUAAAAAAUCAUUGGAACACUCACAUAAAGAAAAAGCUCAAGAAAAUGGGGAUUGACCCUAUCACUCACAAACCACUAAUUAGUAGUACAAUUAAUCAAACUCAAAAUCAAGCUAAACAACAAGUACACCAACCGAUAGAAGAAAAACAACAAAACCAACAACCUUUGACAAUUGACAUUGACACAAAGAUUGAGAAGCAAGAGACUUCAAUUGAAUCAUCAAGUAACAUUGAAAAGAAAGAAAAAGGUGAAACUACAAUAACACCCUUAUUUAACACAAUGGAGUUAAUUGAUGGAUUUUGUAUAGAGGAAGUUCCAAUGAUAGAACCUAAUGAAAUUAUAGUGUCUAAUUCAUCUUCAUCAACCUCUUCAUCAUCUACAUCAAAUUCAACCAAUUUUCUUGAAGAUCUCCAACUCCCUGAUUUUGAAUGGUCUUAUAAUGAUAACAAGGAAGAGAACAAUAGCAACAAUUUGGCUUUUUGGGAUGAUGACUUUAUUAGUACCUUGAAUUUUCUGAUUAAUGAUGAUAAUAAUGAUGAUGGUGGUUGUGUUAAUAAUGGUGAAAGAAAGCAAGCAUUUGAUGAGAUGAUUGUGGAUUCAGAAUCAUGGGCAUAUAGAUUGUUUUGAUUUGAAUAUUUCUUCAUUUUACUUGUAAUUUUCUUUUGUUUAUUAUUUUUUUUUUUGAAAAGGCAAAAAAAAAGUUUGUUUCUUGAGUAUUUAUAGAGAAUAAAUAAUGAAUGAUCAAUUAGGAAAAACACAAAAAUGUUUAGCAUUAUUUUUCACCAAAAUCUAGCUUGUCAUGUGAAGUUAUAUGUAAAGAUAAUGGAAAUGUUU